AUGAAAAUGCUGAGAUAUAUAAACUUAUCAAAUAAAGAUAAUAAUUGGUACCUGGGACUGUUUAUGUUAUUUAUCGUGGUUGUGGCAUGGGUAUCAUCGUCAUUUUUAUUGAAUUCUAUAUUUGAAUCCAACUACUACAAAAAACCCAUAUUUAUCACUUUUUGUUCUAUCUCCUCAUGUUCCUUAUAUCUUUUGCCCCUCUUAAAACAACUGAUAAAAUUAUUCUGGAAUAAUGGCGGUCACUGGGAUAUUCAAACAGCCUACAAAUCGCAAUACUACGCACAUUUAAUUGAACCAGAUAAUGAUAGCGAUAAUGAAAAAUUUGAUGAAUCUAAAGAAUGUCACAGUUACGAUAAUAGCGCUGGUGACAAUGAAAUAAUACCACUGUCUUCUAUUAUUAAGUUGAGUAUGAUCUUCUGUACUCUAUGGUUUGCUGCUAAUGUAACCACCAAUACCUCGUUAUUAUAUACUUCAGUGACAGCACAGACUAUAUUGUCAUCAACUGCAUCGUUUUUCACCUUAUUCUUUAGCGUUAUAAUGAAGGUUGAUACAAUCAAUCUUUACAAACUUAUUGGGUUGGCUAUCUCAUUUAUUGGUAUUGUUAUUAUUGUUAUUAAAUCUACUCCUGUAUCUAAUCAGUCCGAUAUCAAUCAAUUUUCAUAUGCAAGUAUCGUUAUCGGAAAUGUGUUAGCAUUGGUAGGUGCUUUAAUUUAUGGGGUUUACAGCACAUUUUUUAAAAAAUCUUUAGUACACAUUUCCAAUAAUGACAAUCGUACAAAUAAUGCUGGUUCAAGUAAGAUCGACAUCAGGUUAUAUCUGGGAUUUGUUGGAUUAUUUACAUUUAUUGGAUUAUGGCCAAUUUUAGUACUUUUCAAUUAUUUUGGCUGGGAAAGUUUCGAAUUCAAAUGGGAUUUCAGAAUUAUUUCAAUAAUUAUAAUGAAUAGUUCGGUUACUUUCCUAAGUGACUAUUGUUGGGCUAAAGCCGUGAUUUUGACGUCUCCAUUGACUGUUACAAUAGGUUUGAGUUUUACAAUGCCAUUGGCUAUGUUUGGUGAUUUCAUAUUCAGGGGUAAACAAAUCACUCCAUGGUAUAUAGUCGGCUCCAUUCUGAUUGUAUUGUCAUUUAUUUUAAUCAAUACAAGCAUUGAUAGUGAUGGCAAUACUACUGCCACUGCCACUACUAUUACUGCAUCCUAUACUAACGAUGUUGAUAAGGGCCAACAACAGUUAUUGGCUGAUUAUGGCGUUGAAUCAUAUGGUACAUUUGAAGUUUAA